AUGACAGACACUUUUUUAAAAGAAAAUUAUUAAAUUUCAGAAACUCAGAUAGAGCAAAAGCUUAUAUCAAAGCUCAUGAUGGUGAAGAAUGAAAAAAAUGACUUGCCAUUCUCUAAAUUUGAUUGUAAUUAUAAUAUACAUGAUUAAAAACACAGGAUCAAUUAUCUUGUAAUAUUAAGAGGAGGAGGGUGUGGAAAAUCAAAAUAAUAGAAGAAUAUCAACUCAUAAUAGCAAAAGGAUGAAAAUUUGAUAAAUUCAGUUCAAAUCCCAAAGGAUUAUCUAACUAACUUAAAUAAUUGUUUAAAACUUAUUAUAGAAGAAGCAAAAUUUAUUGGAGACAUAACUAAGAGAAAUUAAGUGAUUAAGAAGAUUUUGUGGUUUAUUCAUAACAGAGAAUAUUUGAAUAAUUAUUGUAUUGAUCAAAAGGAAGGAAGUUAAAUUUAUGAUUCAGUGUCUGAAAAUUUUGAAAAAUUAUUGGAAGCGCUAAUAAUUUACUUAAGAAAUUCAGGUAUUAUUUGUUAUUAAGUAUUAAUAAUAUGUAAUGAAUUAUUAAAAAUUAUGUAUUCAUUUUAAUUAGGAAAUUCAUUACGAUUUUUAGAAGAAGAAAAAAAAUAAGAGUAUCUAUCAAAAUUAUCAGAGUUUGACACAUAAUUAGAAAUUGAAUCAGCAAAUGUUUGGAAAACAGGAAUAGAAUUUGAAAUAAAAAUUAUGAAAAUCAUGAUUAUGAAUUCAUAAACUGAUUCUACUGAAGGAACUGAUCUAUUAAUUAAUUUUUUUAAGGAAGCUGGAAAAUCCAUAGUAUCAUUAUCACCUUCUGAGGAUUUACUUUAAACCAUCCUCGAUGGCGGUAAAUAUCUACUUCAAAAAGGAAUAGAGAAGAAAUUAUAUCCUUAAGAAACUUAUUAAACAUAUUAUUUAUUUUAAUUGAUAAAAUGGUCUAUAAUCAAACAAUUAAAAUCAUAAUAUUCAGUCUAUAAAUAAAUAUAGUAAUUAAAGGAUAUUUUUUCACAAUAUAUAUUAGUUUCAGACAACUGGAUUUUACAUUUUUGUUGGAUAUAGAUGAUUACUGAUAUAAUUGGGUAUCGUCCUAUUGUUGAUAAAUCAAAUUUAGAAAAGUAAUGGAAAUAUCUAAUUGAAAAUAAUUUAAUUUAAUGUGUUUCAUAUAACAAAAAUGAAGCUAUAAUGAAUCUAUUUAAUAAAGAAAAUUAAAUCAAUGAAGUUGAAUUUACUAGAAUAUUGGAUAUUUAUGGCAAAAAAAAGUUUGCAUUAUUUUCUUAAUUUCUUAUGAAAGGAGAUCUUACACUUAAUGUUAAUCUUUGGGAUUAUUAUAAAGAAUUCACCUUUAAAAAAUAACAAAAUAAAAUUUAACAAGAGUUUGAAACAAUAUUAAGAAGUUAAGAAUUAGAAGUAUUAUAAAAAUUAAUAAAUAAUUUUAAAUUUGCAAAAGAUGAAAUAAUAUCAAUACAUGAAGGAAUUAUUUAACUUUUUCUAAUAUAUUUUAAAGAGCCUUCUUAAAUAUAAUUGUAAAUAUUUUAGGAUGAUUAAGUUGCUUCUUAAAAACAAUUCUUAGAAACCUACAAAAGAUUGAUUAUAUUAAUUAUUAAAAUUUAGGAAUUAUCGAACUUUGAAGUUUAAAAAUUAAAUAUGCUUCAACCUUAUCUAGAUAAAUUUAAGAAACAAGAUAAUUUAGCAAAGAUCUAAGAAUUAAAAUUAAAAAUUGAUAACUUUUUAGAUACCGAAUUAUAAAAUUUUAUAAUUUUACUUUUAGAUUACUUUUUAAUUGCAAUAAAGUUUGCAAGUGUCAUUUACACCAAUAGUUUAUUUAUAGAAAAAAGAAACUAAAUGGAUUUAGAAAAAAUUACCUAAUUAUUAGAGAUUAAUACAUUUUAAAGGACAAUUCUCAAUUUUGAAGCUCAUUUUGAUUAAUUUUCUAUAAAUUUAAAUUCUUUCAAACAAAACUUUCUUAAAUUCAUUUUAGAAGAAAAAGAAAUUUUAUCAACAAUUAUUUUAGUGUAAGAUCAAAAUAUCUUAGAUAUAAUAGAAUUUAAUUGCAAAGGAGAAUUGAUUAAUAAAAUUAUUUAAAAACUUUAAAGUGAAAACUAUAUUAAUAAUUUUAAAUUAUAUGAUUCAAAAAUGGAAACUUUAGAUGAUGCAAUAUAAAAUUUGAUUGAUUGUAAGUUUAGCAUCAUACUCUUACAAUUUUUAAAGUAAUUUUCAAAUAUACAAUUCUAAUAAGUGUAGAUAAUUUAUUAAUAGUUGAAAAGUUAUACUCAAAACCACAACUAAUAAAAAAUAGAGACAGGAGAAGAAAUGUAUUUACAGACAAUUGCAGCUAUUUUAAUUUAAUAAUAAUUAAAAAUAUCUUAAUUGACUAAUUAAAAUGUCAAUGAAUCUGAUAUUUAGAGUUUUUAAUUAUAAUGUAAAAGCAUUUUGGUGUAAAUAAAGUCUGACUUUAUUUUCAUUAAAAAGGAAUGCAAUAAAUUACAAAACAAUUUCAUUACACGCGAGAUACUAGAAUUUUUAGCAGAAGUUUAAUUUCGAAUAUUAUAAAUUUUAAAUUAGACUGAAGACAGAUCAAAUUUAUUUCAGCUAUUAAAAGAAUAUGAAUAAAAAUAUGAUAAAUUAAAGGAAUAAGAAAAAUCUUAUGCUUAAAAUCAUAAAUAAACAUAAGAUUUUGAAGAAAUAUCGGAAAACUUUCAGAGUCAACAUCUGAGGAACAAAGACAAAUUUUUAACUGACAUUAAGGAAACCAAAAAAUAUUACAAAUAAUAUGAAAAUUUAUUAAUUCUUUAAAUAGAUUUAUUAUAAUAGAAUGUUAAUAGAGAAUAAGAAAAUCGAUUGUAACAAUUAAACAUGAGAAGAAAUAACUUUUUUAGUGAAAAAGUAAAAGCCCAAAUAAGAUAACUAAUUGAUGGCUUUCUAGAAUUAAACUAACUAAAAUAAAUUGAUAUUUUUCUCAAAUUACCAGACUUUUUAAGCUUUUAUUAUUCUUUAUCUAAUAAUGAAUAUUUACAUGGAUUGAAAGGGGAUAAGAUUAAUGAUUCAAUUUUGUAGGAAAUUAAAAAUGCAUAUAAGGAUAAUAAAGAGAAGCUACUCGAUUCAAUAGAUCUUAAACCUGACCAUAAGGUACGAGAAGGUUUAGUUUAUAAUUUAAUAAAAUUAUAAUAGAGUAUUUAAGAGUAACAGAUUAAUUCCUUUUCAACAAAACAAAUAUAAUAUAUGUGGGUAUUUGAAAAAGACUAAAGAGUUAGAAAUUUACUAAAAAAUAAAGAAUUAAUAGAAAUUUAGAAAUAGUUAUUUUCUUAAGAUUAAGAUAAUUUAUCUAAUUCAAUAUAAGAUGAAUUAAAAUAAAGAAUGGAAAGGUUAGAAAACCUUUAGUAACAAAUUAAACUUGAGGGUAAUUAACAAAAAAGAGAGCAGCUUUAAACGCAAUUAAAAUUAAAUUAUGAUGAAUUGGAUAUAUCUCUUGACAACAUAUCAGAAAUGUCAGAGACCAUGAAUAUUAGUUUAUUAUUUUUGAGGGAUAUAUCAAAGGAUAUAAAAUCAAUGAAAAAUUCAAUCGAUAAUUUAUAAUAAAGUUUAAAUUAAGUAGGAGAUGAUAUUCGUAAAUUAAGAGGAAAAAGCUAUAAAGAGUUAUUAGAUAUUAGAAAAGAAAAGAUAUUAUUACAAUCAAAAAUAGCAGAAGUAGACUCAGUUUAUGUAUAAUUAAUGACUAUUGAAUAUGAUCCUGUUAGUGGAUAAAGUAUUAAAACUAAUGAUAAUAUUGAAACAUCAUUUUUGAUGGCUGAUAGAUGGGAUGAUUUCACAGGAGAAAUUAAUGAAUUUAUUUGGUGCUAAUUAAAAUAAAAAGAUGUGAUGCUUCUUUCAGGAUAUGCUGGCUCUGGUAAAAGUAAAGCAGCUAGAAAAAUAGAAGAAUUUUUAUGGAAAUAACAAAACCAUUAGAUUAAAUGGAUUCCCAUCUUUGUUUCUCUUCCAACAAUACAGAAUCCAAAAUAUAAUUUAUUUGAAUAAGCAUUAGAAUCUGAAAACUAUUAAUUUGACAAAUACUAAAUAAGGGAAUUCAAAGAAGCAAUAUAAUCGAAGAAAGAAUAUAUUAUUUUAAUUCUUGAUAGCUAUGACGAGAUGAAAUAAGAUUUUAUUUAAUAAAACCUCAUUAUGACAAAUAAAUUGUUUUAAGAUUUGAGUAUUGAUAAAUUAACUAGUUAAAUGAAGGUUAUUAUUACAACAAGAAAAGAAAUAUUAAAUACUGUUGGGUAUUAAAUUUGGUUUUAUGGAGAUAGUUUAUAAACUUUAAAGGAAGUUUAAUUAUAAAAUUUUAAUGAAGAUUAACAAAGGUAAUAUUUGUAUUAAUAUGUUGAAUUAAGUGUGAAAAGAAAAAUAAAAGCAAUUUAUGAGUUUGUUAAAUAAAUUUCAGGAUAAAACUUUGAUUUAGUAGAAUUUCUUGAUAUUUGGAGUUUAAUAUCUUAAUAGAUUAAGAAUUGUAUUUAAAAAUCUGAAAAUUAAGGGUAAGAUGGAAUUUUUCAAAAUAAAGAAGAAGAAAUAAUAAUUGGAAAAAUUAAAACUCAUAAAAUUUUAUAAAUAUUAACAGACGAAUAAGCAACUGGAUUAAAAAAGGAAUUAUUGGGUUUAUGGAGUGCUAAUAAAUUUAUAUAAUCAAUUGAGAGUGUGAAAAUAGAAGAUUUAUUAAAAACUCCAUUUAUGUUAGAAAUUGUUGUGUAAGUGUUGCCAAAUAUGACCUCGAAAUAUUCAGGAUCAACAGCUAUAAAAAAAGACUUUAUUAUAAAUCUGUUAAAAUUAAGAAAACAAUUUAGACUUUCAUAAAAUGCAAGAGAAAAAUAUAAAAAAUAAAUUUUGCUUUUCUAAAAUUAAUAAUAAACAAGUAUGGUAAAUCUUGAUGAAGAAUAAAUACCUGAAGAAGAACAAGAUGAAGAAAAUUAAUCAAAAAUUGAUAGAGCAAAAAUUGAUGAAAUUAUUGAUAGUCUUGAUAAUUAAAAAUUUUUUUAGAACUAUUCAAUUGUUAGUAGAUUAAAACAAAAUAGAGACUCUAUUAUUUUUGAUGGUUACACAAUAAGAUUAAAUCCUGAUGAUCUUAAUAUUGUAUUAAUGGCUUUAAAGAUGAAAAAAUUCACAGUUUUCGAAUUUUAUGAAAGUUUUAUUAAUUUUUAUCAUGAAUAACAAAUUCAAAAAUAACGAGAACUUGGUAAAAUAUCAAAUUAUGAAAGUUUUAUAUUUGAUGUAAAUCAAUUUUCUUGUUCUUUAGCAAUAGAUAUGACACUAAAAGAUUUAUCAUAAAUAGGCUAUAAACCACAAGGAAAAUUAGAUUUAAAAAGUAAUUACAAAAUUUAAUAAGUUAUUGAUGAUUGGUUGAAACAAUAUUUUGAUGUUGAAGAUGAAUAUAAGAAAUUAAUUAGAAGUUGUAUCUUAUUAAGUGCUAAGGGAAGUACAUUUUCAUUCACACAUAAAUCAAUUUAAGAAUUUUAUGUUGCCAAAUAUAUUUUUGAUUUAUUAAUUUCUUUGAAUAACAUUGAUUAAAUUAUAGAAUGUAAUAAAAAUUUAGAAUAACCUUAAUAAAAGCUUUAGAAUAACAUUAAUUAAAAUACAGAAUAUAACAAUGAAAAUUUGGAAUAAAAUAAAGAUAUUUUGUUAAAAUCACUAUUUAAUUAAGAAAAUUUUAAUAUUAGUACAGAUAACUAUAAAGGUGUAAUCAACUUUGUUAGAGAAAAACUAAUUAAUGUAGAAAAUAUGAAUUAAAAAUUGAUUUAAAUAGUUAAACUUUCAUAGUUUAAAAAUUAAAAUUAUUGCAGAGCUUCAUCAAACAGUAUUUAUUUACUAAAUUAAAUGAAUGUUUAUUUAGGGUCUUAAGAUUUUAAAAAUAUAAAAUUAUCUAAUACAAAUAUAUCUGGCCUAAGUUUGUUUGAUUCUGAUUUAAGUUUUUCAUAAUUUAAAAAUGUUGAAAUUAAUUCGUGCAAUUUUAAUUUAGCUAAUCUAUCAAAUGUUAAUUGGUCAAAUGUUGUUUGUAAAGAGAAGCCAUUUUUAAAAGAUCAUACUGAAAGUGUUUUAGAAGUGAAAUUUUCACCAAAUGGUUAAUAUAUUGCAUCAAUCUAAGAAGAAAAAGAGGAUAAAGAGAAAAAGGUAUAUCAAAUCAAAUUAUGGAGUUUAAAAAAUUUUUAACUCAUUAAAAAUUUAGAAUAACAUACAGGUAAAGUUAAUACACUAUCAUUUUCAUAAGACUUCCUUUUUUCAGGGAGUAAUGAUGAAACUAUCAUAAAAUGGGAUAUCAGAAAUCCUGAUGUGGAAAUUAAAUUUGAGAAAAUUGAAUUAUUUCAUAAAGUGAAAAAAGUGUAAAUUUCUUAGGAUUAAAAAAAAUUGUACGUCUCAGGAACUGACGGAACUCAUGAUGGUACUUUUUAAAUUUUAGAUUUAUAAAAAAAUGGCAAAUGUGAAGAAUGUAUUUUUAUUGAAAAGGACAGAGAUUAUGAAAAGUUUGCAAUACAUCCAAUUCGGCAAAUAGUAGCUCUUUUAAAAAUAAAAGGACAGCUUUAUUUUAUAAACUACGAAACGAAAAAUUAAGAGGAACUUUAACACACUUAAGAUCUUCAAAAUAAAGAAAUUAUGCAUUUAAUUUUCAGUUAUGAUGGGAAUUUGUUUGUAGCAGCUUCAAAAAAUGGUUAUAUAGUUUGGAAUAUUGCACAAGAUAAAAUCACAAAAUAAAUGGUAAUUAAUUUUCCUAAUUUCACUUUUUCUACCCUAAUGUUUGAUUAAGAUAAUACUAAAUUAAUUUUUGGAUCUGAUUAAUAAAUAUUUACAAGGUAGAUAAUUUUUCCUCAAAUUAAAUCUCACAAAAACAAGGAGAUAUGCUUCGAAAUUAAAAUUUCUCCUUUAGGUAGGAUGAUUGUAGUUGUGUAUGAAAAAAAACUUUGUUUUAUAGAUUCAAUUCUUUUACAACCAGUAAACACAAUAAUUUUUGAUCUGCAACCUAAUAAUAUACAAUUUUCAAAAGAUGGAUCUAAAUUAUCCUUAUUUUUUAAUGAAAAUUAAGUAAUUAAAUAGUUCCAAAUCUUGGAUACAUUUACAUUAACUGUGAUAUGUAAACUGCCAUGGAAAUCAAGCUUUUGGAUUAAAUAUUUACUUUCAAAAGAUUUUGAAAAAUUAUUUAUUUUACAUCAGACUUGCUAACCUUUGAAUUCAUAUCAUUUUCAAAGUGAAUUCUUAAGAAUUAUAAAAAUAAAUACAAAAAAAAUACAUAAAGAUGUAGAAAAUAGAAAAUUUAAUCUUAAAGUUACAAAAUUCUGUGCUAAAGCUAAUAGUUGGAUUAUUGCUUUUUAGUAAAAAGAUGAAAACUUUAUUACAAUUUUUGAUCUAGAUAAAUAUUCAAGGAUUCAAUAGCCUAUCUCAAAUGAAUAAUAAGAUGUUUAUGAUUUUUAGUUUUCACCUUGUGCAAAUUAAUUAGCUGUCUUGUAUAAUAUUGAGAUUGUAAUUUGGAAUUUAGAUUCAAAUCCAUUUAUAAUAUAGGGAAGACUUAGUUUAUAUGAUAAAAUGCUUGAAUCUAUGAAAUAUUGUCCUGAUGGUUAAUAAAUAGGAUUAGUUUUUUAAGAUAGGACAUUUUAAAUAUAUGAUCUUAAGAACAAUAAUUUACAAAAAGCGAUUGAAAAUAAUUAAAUAAAAGGAUAAAUUGAAUUUUCUUUAGAUAAUAAUAUGAUUGGUUUUCAACAAGAUUUUAACAUCGUUAUUCUGAGUAAAAAUAAAAAUUUUGAAUAGAUAGUAUUAGAAGGCGAUAGCAUUAAUAUUAAUUAAAUAAUAUUUACUUAAGAUUCAUAAUCACUCAUAUCUGGAUGCUCUGGAGAGCUAAUCUUAUGGGAUUUAUAAACCUAGAAAAUCAAAGAGAGAAAAAAAACUUCUCUAAAAGGUUAAGCAGCUAUAACAUUUUCACAUAAUAGAAAUUUCAUUCUUUUAUCUUAAAGUUGUUUUUUAGAAUUAUGGAAGUAUUCUUAGAACUCUCUCAUAUUUAUUGGGUCUCAAGUAUUAGAUAUUAAUAUUAAAUAUUGUAGUUUUAUAAAUUAUGAUAGAAAUAUUUUAUUUUUAUAAGAAGAUUAAGAGUUGAUAAUAUAGGAUUUAGAUUGUUUUUAGUUUGAAUAAAUAUUCCCAUAAUUUUUUUAAUUAGGUGCUAUAUCUUCAGAUUAUUCGAUUGCUUUAUAAAAUGAUUUUCAGCUAAAAAUUUUUUCCAAUGAAUUUGAUGAAGAAAAAUUCUCUGAAAAAUUUAAAUUUUUAGUUAUGCAUUUAGAAUUUUUUGAGCAUAAACAGAAUUUAUUAUUAAUUUUAGCAUCAUAUUAUAUAAUAAAAAUCUGGGAUUAUAAAGAAAAAUUAUUAAUUUUUGAAAUUGAUGCUAAUUAGUCUUAUCAAGAGAUUUCAUUAUAAUUAUAUUCAUCAGAUUAAUUAUUAAUUUUACAGUAUUAAGAAAAAAAAAAUAUCGUUAUAUGGAAUUUAAAAAAUUUUGAAACAGUUCAUCAAAUUGGGUUACAUGAAAAUAUUAAUUGCUUUUCUAUUUAAGAAAAUGGAGAAAGAGCAGUAGGAAUAAAAAAUAAUGAAGCGAUUAUUAUUUAGGAUAUAUUGAAUAUAAAGUUUACAUUCCCAUAAUAAUAAGAAAUAUCAAUACAGAAGCUUUUUAUGUCUUUUGAAAAACAAUACUUUAUUAUUUUAUGUUGUUCUUAAAAGAAUCAAAAUCAUCUUCUCCUUUUAUAAAUAGAUAAAAACUAAAUAUUUCCAUUCAAAGAGAAUGUCAAAUCUAUAGAUUUUUGUUAGGAAAAAAACUAGAUUGCUGUUUAAACAGAAUCGAAAAUUGAGCUAGUUUUUUUUUCAGAAAAUACUUUUAAGACAAUUGAUACCUAUGAUUUAAAAAAUUAAACAGAUAUUUUUGACAUUUAAUUUAUAAAUGAUGGAGAAGGAUUAUUAUUAAAAUCAACGACGAUGAUCAAAAUAUUUUCAAUAAAAAAUAAAUAAAAAACAAUUUUUAGAUUUCUGUAUUAAAUAUUAAAUAACAAUAAUUAUUAUAACCUGAUAAAAUAAGCAUAAUUGUAUUUUAGACAUAAUUAACCUAGCAAAUAAUAGUUUUUAGCUAUUUUGAAUCGAGAAUCAUUUCAAAUGCUUGAUAUUUAAAAAUAAAAACAAAUUGUUAUUUUAUAAAACAUUUCUCACUUUUUAUUAAGUUUAGAUGAAAAAAUUAUUUGCCUUGUCUAAACAGAAGAAAUUUUGAGUGUUUAUGUAUCAUUUUUAGAAUGCGAAAACCUAAAUUUAAAAUAAAUUUAACAUUAGAUUCAAUUUUUUUCCAUUUCCACUAUCGGAGUGUUAGGAAGGGAUUCGUUCGCUUUUAUUGAUUAAUAUAAGAUCAAAUAAAAUAAUGAACAGAUGAUUGAAUAAAUUACAGCAUCAACCUGUUCCAUAACUGAGAUUAGUGUACUUUAAGGACCUAUUAAUCAUAUGAUUUAUUUGCCUAAGAAAGAAUGGUUAGCAUUAAGCACAUAUUAAAAUAAUAUCAUUUUUUGGGAUAUUAAAGCUAAAAGGAAAGUUGGAACCUUAAAAGGACAUUAAAAAACAAUAAAUUUUAUGUCAAUUUCAUAAGAUGAGGGUAUUUUAGCUACAGCAAGUGAAGAUAAAUUAAUCAAGUUAUGGAAUAUUGAUCAGAAUGAAUCUUCAGAAAUUAAGGAGGCUCAUUCAUAUGAAAUUAGUGCGAUUGCUUUCUCUUAUGAUGGCAAAUAUUUUGCAUCAGCAAGUGAAAAUGAACCAAUCUUUUAUUGGGAUUUUAUUGAUAAAAAGUUUAUAACUUAGCUAAAAGGAGAUUCAAAUAUUAAAUAUUUAGAGUUUUUCUAUUGUUCUAGAUAUUUAGUUUCUGGAAACAAAAAUGGAAAAAUAAUUGUUUGGAAUAUUUAAAAUCCUUUAGCAGCAAAUAUUAUUUAGACGAUAAAUAAAUAUUAGAAUCCUUUAUAUUCUUUUAGUAUUUCUCCAAAAGAUGAAACUUUAAUAGCUUUAUUCAGCAAUUAUAUUACCAAAUUUAGUUUUGACUAAAUUCAAGAAUAAAUGGAAAAAACUAUUAAUAUAUCAGCAAACUCAAAAUCUCACAGCUUUCUCUAAAAUAAUGAAUUUAUUUAUUUUGAUUUAACUAAAAAAUAAUUGAAAAUUCUAAAUUUUCAAACAAAAAAAUAAUAAUAUAUUUUAAAAUGCGAUUCAGAAAUUAUUCAAAUAACAACAGCAAAAAAUGGCAAUAUAAUAUUAUAUUUAAACAAAGAUGGAAAUUUAUUUUAUAUGGAGAAAUAAAAAGACAAUCAAUGGAUCAGUAGAAGAUUAUUUUGUUCUAAAUCUACACAGGCUUCACUUUCUUUUGAUUCAUAAUUUUUGUAUUAGGUCAAUCAUAUUACCUAUACAAAAAGUGAAAGACUUAUUUCUUUGCUUUUUGAAGAUGGGGAUAGAUUUUAAACUAUUCUCCAUGAUUUUUAAAAAUUAAAAGAAUUUGAAUUAAAUGUAAUUUUUGAAUUUAGUACAUUAGAAGCCAAAAAUAUCUUUAUUUCAUCUGAUUUAACACUUGCUGCGAUAGCACAUAUAAAGAAUAUAGAAAUAUAUGAAUUAAAAAAUAAAAAAUAUAUAAAUAAAUAUUUAGGAUGUAAAUGCCCAGAAUAACUCCAAAUAUCUGAGGAUAAAAAAUAUAUAACUUGUAUUGAGAAUAUUUAAUAAAAUGGUUAUAAUAUUUAUGACAACAUUAUUUAUUUAUGGGAAAUUUACAAUCCAGAUAAUCUAACAUAAUUAAAAAUUCAAGAUUGUGAAUUAAUUACAUAUUAAAUGUCUCUUAAAGAUUCAAAUAAAAUCUAUGCUUAUUACACAGAUGGAAAUAUAAGAGAAUGGAAUUUAACUACUAAAUAAAAUUAAAUAGUGAAAAAAUUGCCUGAUAUUAUUUUUGACAAAAAUGAAAUAGUUUUAUUUUCAAAGAAUCUAGAAUUUUUAAUGUAUUAAAAUGAAAAAACAAAAUUACAUAUAAUUAAACUUUAGGGAAUGGAGCCUUAAUUUAUUGAUGUUAAGGAAGAAUUUAAGUUAUUAGCUUUAAGCUAAAAAAAAAAGAUAUUCGCAUUUGCAAUUAAGUAGAAGAUAAAAUUGUUUUAAGAAGAAAAAUAAUAAUAAAUUUCUUUAUCAAAUUACAAUCAAGACGAUUAUUCAUACUAUGCACAAUCAAUCUGUUUCUCGCAUGAUGAUUAAGAAUUGGUAUUUUGUUAUGAUACUAAUAUCUAUUUAUACAGAAUAGAUGAUGAACUAUAAACAUAAAUUCUUGGUUGUUGGAAUGUAGAUGGGUACUUUUACCAGUAAAUUUUCUGUUCUUCCAUUUCAUAUUUGGAAUUCUCUAUUAUAACACAAAAUUAAAUUAUCAACAUUAAAAUUGCCCCAACAAUCCUCCAUUUUUUUUCUGGAUAUUCAAAUUGCUAAGAUAAGAAAUUCUAUUGUUUUUCACCAGAUAAUAAAUAUUUAGCUAUAUCAAAUUCUUUUGUAUUACUAUAAGAGUUGUAAAAUCCAUUAAUUAUACAUAAAUUCAAAGAUUGCAAUGCAGAUUUGGUAUAAUUUUAAUCAAAAGAAAUUUUAGUGAUUGCUCACUAAAAAGAAUUAAAAUUUCUAAAUAUUGCUAAUAUAGAUUAAAUUGAAUAUAUCUAAAAAUUUGAGUUUAAAGAAUCAAUUACCGGAAUAGUAUUCACUUCUAAAUAUUCAUUGAUUACUUUGAAUAAUUCAAUAAGAUUUGAUUUAAUUGAUUAAUUAUAAGAAAAUUAAUUCUAAGCAAUUUAUAAUUCAAAUAGAAUAGUUGUAUUUUCAGAGAAAGAAGAUUACUUUGCUUUAAGCUGUCCAGAGGAGAUUUAAAUAAUAAAUAUUGAAAAAUUAAUAAAUUUAGAAAGAUGCCAUUAAUUUGAUUAAGGUGAUGGUAAAAUUAUUUACUCAUCAGAUGGAGAUUUAAUAUAUUUUUGUUCUUAAAACAAAAUCCUUAUUUUCGAUUCCAAAACUUUUAUCCUCCUUGCACAUUUAGAUUAAAAUUCUGAUGAUAUAGCUGGGAUCUUAGAAUCCAAUCCUAGUUUUAAUAACUUUGAAUAUAACAAUUAAUCUAAAAAUUUUGUAUUUACUACAAAAUCGAAGGUUUAUUAAAUUCGAAACCUAAAUGAGAAAUUUAUUUUAUAACAAGUUUAUGAUGAAAAAAAUUAGGAAAUUUAAUGUAUUGCUUUAUCUCCAAAAGGAGAUCUACUUCUAUUAGGAGAAAAAAGCGAGGAUAGUAAUUCAAUUACAUUGUUGAAAAUUGAAUAAGUUUAAAAUUUAAGCACAAAUAAUUCAUUAAAUGAUGAGGUGAAUGUUAUUAAAUUUUGUCCUGACGGAGCUAAUUUUGUUGCAGGUUUAAAGGAUGGAUCUAUUAAUUUAUAUUCAAUCUUUAGAAAACAAGCUAACGGCUUAUAAAAUUAGAAAUUAGAGUCAAAUUAUUAAAUAAUUUGUUAUUAAUCUUUUGCUAAAUAAUCCUUACUUUGCGCUUUUGAAUGUAUUUUAUAAGGAUCUGAAAUUUCUUCAAGUUGGUAAUCAUCAGAAAAAUAACAAUAAUAAUCAAUCAAAUAGCUUUUCCUUUAGAAAGAAGGAAAGAACUGA